AUGGCCGGUUUGAAAGACGUUGUUACUCGUGAAUACACCAUCAAUAUGCACAAGAGAUUGCAUGGUGUCACUUUCAAGAAGAGAGCUCCAAGAGCCGUCAAGGAGAUCAAGAAGUUCGCCAAAUUGCACAUGGGUACUGACGAUGUCCGUUUGGCCCCAGAGCUAAACCAAGAGAUCUGGAAGAGAGGUGUCAAGGGUGUCCCAUUCAGAUUGAGAUUGAGAAUCUCCAGAAAGAGAAACGAGGAGGAAGACGCCAAGAACCCAUUGUUCUCCUACGUUGAACCAGUGUUUGUUUCCUCCACCAAGGGCUUGCAAACCGUUGUUGUCGAAGAAGAGGCUUAA